CCCGACGAGCAGCUGCCUGCGUCAGUUCAAAAUACGCGCAAUUUCUAAGCGAGUUCGUUACCGAGCCAAGCGCGAUCAGUUAACCUAGAAGCGCGCCACGCCGAGGAAGCAGGUUAGCACAAGAAGUGCCUUCCAGUGAUCGAGCUUUCGUCGGUUUCGUGAAUUCCGCCAGUUUCAACGAGAUGACGGACCUGACCGAGCUAAGGAUGAACGUGGCCGCUCUGAAGAGGGUCGACCCCUACGUCAAGGAUAUCAUAGAGACCGCUACCCAUGUAGCCCUUUAUACAUUCAAUACCGAGAACAACAAGUGGGAGAAGACCGAUAUAGAGGGCGCGCUCUUCGUAUAUUCCAGGAACGGAGAGCCCUAUAACAGCAUCCUCAUCAUGAAUCGGCUAAAUACGAAGAACCUCAUGGAGCCAGUCAUGCAGGGCCUAGAUUUGCAGCUGCAAGAGCCAUUCUUAUUGUAUAGAAACUGGAAGUGCAACAUUCAUGGAGUCUGGUUUUAUGAUAAAGAAGAUUGCGUGCGCAUAGCUACGAUGCUGCAUAAGUUGGUUAAGGAGCUGGAGGAUGACAGAAAGUCGACGAGUAAGAGUCUGAUGAAGUGCAAGAAGAAUCUCGGACCUGAUAUGAGUAACGUCGAUAUAUACAGUAUGCUAAGUAAGGCUCAGGAGGAUUUUAAUAUCAGCAAGGCAAGCGAUAGAGGAGGAGGAACGACAGCUGAGAGCAAACCUCUGGUUAAUACUAUCUUAGGGGAUAGUACCUCCAGCCCGCUGAAUGCUCCUUUGGGUCCUGACGUUACGUCGCAAAGCGUAAUGGAUUUCUUUGCAAAGGCUAAGGUUAACCCAGUGCACUUCAAGCCUGGAGAUCAACCAGCCCCAGGAAACGCAGUUACUCUUCCAGAAACCAAGCCUCUCCUGGCUCGCUUAAUGUCUCACCCUGCAGCUCACACUCUGGAGCACAUCGAAAAACAACAGCGCUCCACAACUCCACAGCCAGUGCCACCUUCGCAAGUGCAGGCUCCACAGCCCACUCCCCUUGGCACCAUGAACAACGUGGGCUCUGCCUCUAACAGAUCAAAAAGGCGAACCAGAGCUCCUUCGCAAUCAGAAACCGUUGGAACCAAUGCAUUACUGAGAGAGCUGCCGGCUCACUUUAUGAAUCAGUCGGUUACUCAGAGUGCCAGUGACUCAAAUGGCUCGACCAGUUUCCUCAGGAUACUGACACCCACUACAAACGUCGGCACCACUAUGACCAACCACCAGACCUCUGGUCUCUCCAGUACGAACAGUGGCAACCCUUUCGCAACCCUCUUUGCACAUGCAACCAUCCCUACGAGCUCCGAUGACGUGGUUGGCUCUUCGCUGUCAGGCUCUGGGUCUGCUCCAGCUCUGAUGCCCCCGGUGAUGUUCUCCGCACCAAGUCCUCAAGAACCUCCUGCGAGACCCCUCGAGCCCCUGACCAGGAACCAACUUCUGCAAGCCUUCAAUUACCUGCUAACCAGCGAUCCUGACUUUGUGAACAAGCUCCACGAGGCCUACGUCAAGUCCUUCGGCGAGAUCCUCUCCUAGGCCCGGCGCUGGUGGAACCCUUCCCGAAAAACCGAGCCCGUCACACGGGCUGUGAUGGACAAUGGCGGCGCGCGAAUCGCGUUCGCGCGACCAGGUGCCGGAGCCAACACGUCCGAAUCGGUUCCACCACCCUGGACGACGCUGUCGGGCACCUGGGACGCCAGAUUUCGUCCAGAGCCAGACUGAUCGCUUAGACGAGACGCUAGGACACUGAACUACGCUUUGCACGCUGUAAAAAAGAAAGAUGAAGUGGUUGUAGAAAAAAAAAAAAGAGAGAAGGGACAGCGACUACUCGUUAGACUGUUGAGACACGUAGACUGCUCCCGGACUCGAGGAACUUGAGACGACUCGCAAUCGACUUCUUCUUUCUUUCCUUUACAGUGCAUUUACCGUUAAGAAUCCAUUUUCCGCGACGAAGCGGCCAAAACAAGGCCACAGAAACCGAGAAAAUCGUACGGGGAGAAACGUUGGGUCCUCCGGCAGGACUUCGCCUCCGGUGUUGCUCCGCGCGAGUGCAGAAAUCCCCUAGAACGUCGGUGUAUUAACGUUGGAUGCAUUUUCCCUAGUUUUCUUUUCGACUUAACCGAGGAUUCGCGGGGGGUCCCGGGAAGCCAGUGGCUCGGGAGGUUUUUGUUUUUUUACAUACGAGUGCUGGGCGAAAGGCGGCACACGGAGCCGUGGGCGAAGCUACCGUCGGACGUGUCGUACGAUUCUAAACUGUGAUGCCAAAUCAAUUAUAUAUUAUACAAAGUGGAGAGGAAAACGCUCGUGGUUGACAGAGGGAGAGAAUAAGCGCGAUCGGGUUUCGGUGGAAGAAAAAUGUCUAUUUUAUAGAGUAACGACACACCCUCUCACAUGUUCGGUGUCGACACGACACUCGCGUAUCUUGCGUUUGUCCCUGCGAGUGGAGAAGCGUGAAAUAAACGAAAAGUACGAGAUCUGCUGGAGUCACAAGGUCAUAUUGAACAUUUUUCUUCCGUUCCGCAGUAAUUUAAUUUAGGAAAGUGCCCCGUUGUUAAAUAUGGAAAAUCUGGAAGAUCUAGAAAGCGGAGUAGUUGGCCCGUCCUUCCUCGGUGAACGGUCCAGAUUUAAUCCGCCGUUAUCCGUUCUAAUUUCUGCUUCCGGAUACCAGGCGAUUCCGACGAGACGAGAGUUUAAGGGGCAUCGGACACGCGAGGCCAAAUCCCUCGCGAAGGAGAUCCUCCAAGUAACGCAACCGGAUGCACCGCAACGUCGUGUCGAAUAAACAAACGGUUUAUUUAUUUUUCCCAGCCGAACAAGCUUCCUCUCUCGGACGCUCGCUUCGAAUCGAAAUAUUGUGGGAAAUUAUCGCUAAUAUUAAUAAGGGGGAGAGACAGCAAGUCGUGUGUACAAUAUUUACAGGAAGAACCACGUCAGGGUAGAGACGUGGAACCUCCCGAGCAGAGGCCACUUCCGUGAAAAUGUUUUAGAAAAUCUGCCCCCCCGGGGGAGAACGGAAAAGUGACUCUUCGAGAGUCGCUUGAGAGGCACUUCCAAGGCACGCGGGUGGUGCCCUGCUCGAGAGGGAUGCGUGGGGUUACGGUUUCACGACGAUAUAUUUAUAUUUAUAUUUAUAUAUAUAUAUAUGUAUAUAAUUUACAAAUUGGUCGCUCCGUCAUUAGAUUCACAGCCAAGUGGAGCCGCGCUCCGGCCCGCUAGCUUUCCUAACAGACUUAAUCGCUACCUUACGGGGUCGAGCGUAUAAAAAAUAUAUGAUUUCCAUCAGUCGAGGACAGCGCGAGCGGUUCCGCACCGUCGAGAUGAACGUCUAGAUGACGAAUCGUCCAGCUCCUCGCUAUAUGCUAAGUAACAGUAUCUUUACAACCGACCGCAGCCGCAAUAAGGCCCAGAAAUUUGAGAAUCAACCCCGGAGAGAAUCUUAUCUCGAGUGAAUCGCGAACGACCACCAGGGCGCGGUGACGAGUCGCUGCUGGCCCCUGGUAAGAGAGACAAUCGCCCUUAACGAAGCAGCUCCUCUGUUUUAGGACCCGUCGUUCGAGAGAAGAAAGGAAAUACGAAAGCAAGAGAGCUGACGGGACGGGAAGUGUCGAGUCUUUGGA